GCGAUAUGCGAAAUUGUUGCGGGAACGAGGAUGCGUCGUUCGUACGUUCUUUAACGAAAACUCUUCUCUUCCCGGUGGUCGAUGUUCAGGUACACGAGAGACGUCCACGAGCCGGAAUUUUUGAUCCCGAGAAGAGUGUUCGAAGAUGGCAGCUUCGACACAUACUCGUUGCCGUAUUUCUAUGAUCGGCAAGAGAUCAACGAACGUAAGAAAAGGUCGACCGAGACGGGCGAGCAGGAGCUUGAGGCCGAUAAAGUGCACCUGGUGCUGCCUUUCAACGGGAUCGAACACCAUGUGGAGCUCAACCCGUAUCACGAAUUCAUCUCGCCCGACAUGGUGAUCGAGACGCGGGGUACCGGCCUGAGAACUAACUUGAACGAAGCGUUACGAUUCAAGAGAGCCUCCGAUCGACAAUGCCAUUAUCGGGGCUUUGUUAGAGGCCAUCGCACAUCCAAGGCAGCUCUUUCUCUCUGCGAUGGUGUGGUUGGUUACGUGCAAACUAAUCAUGGCCGGUACUUCAUCGAGCCGGUGAACGAAGCAGAACCGCAGCAGGAUGGACAGCACGUUCACAUAGCUUACAAGCGGGAUGACUGGCACGAAAAGAAGGAGAGUCGGGACGAUUCUUCCAAGAAUUACUGCGGAACUUCCGAUGACUGGGAGGCGGCGUGGGCGGAACAGUUGGCCAAACGACAGAAGCGACUAAUGGAAGAGAAUCCCGAGGUUGGUAAGGGCACUUCCUUGACCCACAGUAUUCAUCGCUUCGUAGAGAUUGGAUUGGUCGCGGACAGAAGGUUUCUCGACUUUUACAACAACAGCAACUACGAACAGUACCUGUUGACUAUCAUGAACAUGGUGUCGGACUUUUAUCACGACAGAUCUGUCGGCAAUCAAAUAGACAUGGUCGUCGUCCGCAUUAUAUAUUUGGAGAAGGAAAAGGAAGAGAUAGAUCUGCUUAUUAGUCCCGCAGCCGAGGCAACGUUAGCGAGCUUUGCCAAAUGGGCCCAAAAGAUGAACCCUACGGAUCACACUCACCCCAACCAUUACGACAUAGCGGUUCUUGUAACUAGGUACGAUAUUUGCGCGGAAGGCGCACCGAAUUGCAAUCUGAUGGGCCUGGCGUAUGUCGGAACUGCCUGCGAUCCCGAAAAAGCAGCUUGCAUCACCGAAGAUAGUGGCCUAUUGCUUGGAAUCGUAAUUAGCCACGAAGUUGGUCACGUGAUGGGCUGUUCGCACGACGAUGUCGCUAUCAGUGGCUGUCCACCCAAAGAUAACGAUAACAGUUAUUUCCUCAUGUCACCCAUUGUCAACAUCUAUUCGUUGAGAUGGUCGACUUGCAGCAGGAAAUACAUCACUACCUUGCUCGAGAGCGGCUUGGGCGAGUGCUUGACCGACGAUCCAAGAAAUCCGCCGGAGAAAUUCAAGUAUCCGGACAUGUUACCCGGUGCGAUGUACGACGGCAAUUUUCAAUGCGACAUGAACUUUCCCGGGUCGAAGAUCUGCCCUGGCGAUACCGGGCGAGAUGCAAUGUGCGAGCUGCUAUGGUGCGAAGGGAAGAACGGAAGCUGUUUCUCCCGGGGAUCACCCAUGGCCGAAGGAUCAAAAUGCGGCGAGAAUUUGUGGUGCAUUCACAAGAAAUGCGUGGCUAUGGGCACCCGACCGACGGCGGUGCACGGUGGCUGGGGCAAAUGGGGUCCCAUGAGCGGUUGCAGCAGAAGCUGCGGCGGUGGCUUGAAAUUCGCCGAGAGAGAAUGUGACAAUCCGCCGCCCGCCAACAAAGGCAGAUACUGCAUCGGAGAGAGAAAGAAGUUAGCCAUUUGCAACACCAUGCCCUGCGACCAUAGGAAACCAUCGUAUCGCCAGUUGCAGUGCAGUUGGUACAACGAGCGAAAAAUCUUGACCGACGGCAAGCAUAACUGGACUGCGUACACUAUCCACGAUCCAACGCUCGAUCCGUGCAACUUGUACUGCAUCAAUGAAAAGAACGUAUUCACCAAGUUCCAAGUGGCAAACGAUUCUACUCCCUGCAAGGGUGGUACUAACAACAUGUGCGUCGGUGGUACAUGCAGGAAAGUCGGUUGCGAUUGGGUGUUGGAUUCGAAUGCCAUCGACGACAGGUGUGGAACGUGCAAAGGUGACGGUACGAAGUGCAAGGCGAUAGAAGGUUUCUUCAAUGAAACGGGAAUUCGCAACAGUAAAUUAUAUUCUUUUCUGUCAUCAAAGUUUUCGAUUCAAAAUUUUCCUAUGUCUGUUUCUUCCAUUAUUUGCAAGUAUUUGCAAGUUAAAGCUUUAACGAUACAGGUAAGUGUGGAAAUAAGAACUGUUGGUGAUUGGAAAAUUUUCGAAUUCCUAGUGCACGUGAAGAUAGUUACUAUUCCUCAGGGUGCUCGAAGCAUAUACGUAGCGGAAAUGCAGCCGAGUAAAAACGUACUAUCGGUGAGACUCGAGAAUAGCGAAACACACUGUUUGAACGAAGACAAAAGAUUCUUCCUCGUGUUAACGAACAAACUAAGUUCAUCGUAUACCGAACGAUUUUCUAACGAUCGUAGGGUGAUAUAUAGAAGCGGUGAUUACGAUUGUGCAGGCUCGAUUCUCGUAUACCUGCAUCCUGAGCCAAACAGAGAGGAGAUUGAAAUAAAGGGCCCUAUAACGACACCUAUUCGAAUAGAAUACGUAUUCUUCCACCCGAGACAGAAUCCUGGGAUUCAUUAUGUAUAUUACGUGAUGUCAACUGACCCGUCGUACAAGCCGAAAUACCUGUGGGAUUUCAUGGAAUGGAGCGACUGCAGCGUUAAAUGCGGAGGCGGUACGAUGAUAUCGGAGGCAGCGUGUAUCGAAGAAAAAGGUGGAAAAGUGAGUCUUGAAUUUUGCGAUGGCAUGUUACGACCAGAUCCAAAAACUAGGGUUUGCAACUCGGAAGCCUGUCCAGCAAAGUGGCGCGUGAGCCAAUGGAGCAAGUGUAACGCCUGCGACGGAAAGAAAGGAACGAGGCAUCGUAAAGUGCAAUGCGUGCGACCCGCUGCUCGUGCCGGCGAGGAUGACGUUCAGGCAAAUCUGGACGCGUGCAAAGGUCGCGUGCCAAAACAAGAGGAAGAAUGUGUAGGCGAAAGACCGUGCAAGAAGACCUGCCCCAAAAAGGUCCGAAACGCAAACAGGCAACUCGUUGCUUGGAAAGAGAAGAAGAAGCAGCCGCUACCUCACGAGAAACGGGCUAAAAUGGUCGACAAGUUGGUGGACUUGAGUUUGGCCGGAUAUCUGGAGAAAGCGUACGGUAUCUCUCGUGAAGCCGACGAUAUGGGAAUGACGGUCGACACGGCGGACUUCCGGCAGCUUCUUCGCGAAUGGUCCCUCGCCGACGAGGAAAAGAGGAAACGCGGCGCCUGCGAUCGAAACGCGUCUACUCCAAAGCCCGGAUCGAUCAUCAAAGACUCGGUGCCAGUCGAGAACGUGGUGUUGUUGGAAGCGCCUAUGCUAGAGGAGGGCCUCCUGUCGAAUUUGUCGGAUAGAGCGUAUCAAGAAGUUGGCGACCUCGUCGGCGGUAGUAUCGAUACUUCCAGAGUGAAGAUUUACAACGGUACGAAGGCUGUCGAGAAGAUCGAGAAGCUGGAGGGUCGUAACAUUAGCGCGGUGCCUAACAAGAAAGAAAAUUAUAGUUACGAUGCGUUGUCAAGAAUCGUAGAUUUGGCGAAACGGCGAAAAUGAGAACCGUAACCAAUUCUCCAUUCGCGUACAAGACAAAGCACUUGACACUGGCAUCGUCGAUAUUUAUAAUCGAUAAUUACAAUUAUCUGACACUAUUUACUAAUCGAUAUUUCUUUGAUAUAACGUUGAAAAGUGUUAAUAUAUCGUCUGAUAAAAGUAUGUAUUAAGAAACAUUGAUAAAUAUAGCUAAACUCUUAGGUUACGAACUUUCGUUAAAUAAGAGUCGAAUAUCGGUACGUUUCGCCUUCUAUGUAUUAAUUUAAUCGGCGCUGUUGAUGGUUAUGGAAAAAUCGACUCACGUCGACGGUAAUUCGAUUUCUUUAACAUCGUACAAUCUCGGGAAAUCGAAUGGUGAGAAUCGAAACGAAAACUCGAUUGAAACGACAACCGUUUCUAUCCUUCUGCGCGCGCGCACAAAAUUUGUCGAUUUUGAUUAUCGUGCUCUUAAUCGACGCAAUUAUUAUUUUAAUAUCAUGACGUUCCAUUUUACAACAAAGUUGCUUUACACCGCUUUGAUCGGCGUUGCAGAUUUAAAGAUACGAUCCGUGAUUCCGUGAAUGAUACCGACCGAUCGCUAUAUUCGAGAAGGAUAGGAUUUUCAUAUCGCUACACUAUUAUCGAGUGCAAAGUAACUUUUGUUAUUUGUUUAUUGGUGGACGUCGUUUCGAAGCAGCUUCGGCGUCCUCUUGAAUUUUCUGUAUAUAUCUGACCGCAUCCAUACCAACUAAAGUAAAUUCCGUGCUAUUGCCGGGCGGUUGGGGCUCGAAAUUCUUAGGAAAGUUGAGGGCGUCGUUUGCUUCGUCGCGUUCCAAGACGAUGGUGAGCGUUAAAUUUGUAAUAUUUUCCGUGUCGAUCACCACCUCGCCUUUCUUCACGCUGUCAUGUUUCUUUACUUCCAUAUCUUGCUUCAUCCGAGUUCCCAAUUUCCGUUCAGAGAAACGUUCGUCAUCUAAAUCAUACGACGGAUAAUUGCUUUCACUUUCCUGUUCUUUUUUCAUGCAUAACGUUACGCGUCGAUAAAUAAAUGAAAAUGCCGUAGAAAUAACUACGUAUUAAGGAAUGAAAUUGGACGAAAGAUCCUAAUGGUAGAAUUUCCAAGGAAAUAUAGAAACACAGAAAAAACUAGUCGAGCGAGGUCGAUUGAAUCAUUUUAGCGGGCUCGAACGCUUGGUAGUCGUGUUCACCUUCGGUGAUUGAUUUAACGACGCGAUUGAUCGUUAGAUUACUGGACGGAGGAAAAGCGAGACUGAGAGCCGGUACUUUUGUCCUUUUGCUCGUGUUUCGCGAGAACGUUGUCUCGUUUCUCUCGGCUAGUGCACAACUCUCGUUCUUUCGGCUUCGGUCCUUGACAGUAGCUGUCAGCGAUAAUAUCUACAUCCAGCUCGGAGUGGCCGACAGGACGUACACAUUUGACGGCUCGUCUCUUCUCGCAACCAACGACGCAGGAUGUGCAACCUUGCCAGUCACCGAUCAUCCAUCUGCGAUAAACAUCGUUACGAGUAGCAACGUAAGUUUCAACGAAUUAGAAUAACUAGAUGGAUCGUAUUCUCCUUGGACGAAAUCUCUCGUCGUCGCGCGAAGGAUCUUUCGAUCUUUUUCUCGACGUUCGGCCAUCACACGGACAAACAUUGCUCGCUUUCUGUCUUAGGUUUCUCGGCUUUGAAACUCGAAACUUACAACGUUAUAUAUCAACGAAGACAUCGUGAUUGAAAUUUUAAGCAAUUCGGCGGUAUUCGCUCGACUUUUGGAAUUUUCUAAUUAAAAGUAUGUAACGAACGUGUCGCUCUAACCUCGGCAGGCAGGGUGCUCGAUAACAGGGUCUCACUUUUUCCUCCGGUCUCGGGAUGCUCUUACAGAACGUCUCAUCCACGAUGCCAGCGAGUUUCUCCAAGCAACGAGGCUUGGAAAUCUGUUCACCGGGUCCGCAAUUCGCGCUGCACUUCUCCCAGUCGACGAAAUCCCAUGAAAACUCCGGCUUACGAGGGCUCUUUUCUUUCACACCGAACGAAUACCUCACCGUCACGUUUUCUUUCGGCAGAAUCUAUUCGAUGAAACAACUUACUCGGGCAACGAAAUUAUGCCGAGUACGUAGCAACGAAACCACUUUUCCACAGUUCAGGGGAAAUAUUCCAGGCGAGCAGUUGUUCGUUGGUAAACACAGUUACGUAGGUAAAAAAUAUUAUAACGAUAAGUACGUUACGAUAAUCAGAAUUAUUAUAAUUUCGCGAGAAUCUCUGCUCAAAGGGAUAUAGACGCGAGUGUCAAAUACGAAUUUACUAUUCGGGUAAAUACGUUGACUCUCAGUUUUCGAAACUUGGUUCGAAAGUUCCGUGAUUUCUAACGAUAAAAGAACAAUUGCGUUUCGUACUCGAACGAUUCGGUUGGGAAACGAAGGAAUCUCGUUGGAUUUAAGCAACCUGCUCGUUUGUCGUUGGUAGUAGCAGCAGCGGCAAAGAUAUCAGGUCGGAACGUAACGUUCCUUUCCAACGACCGCUUGGAAGAUUUUACGAAUAGCGUCGCGUAAGUGCGAGUGGUAGCGAUAGAAGCAGGCGCAAAUAUCGCGUAAUAGCAAUUAGUAAUUAGUUAGGUGGCGUUGAACAGAAUUUUCUUCGUUUCGCUGCUCAAGAUAUGAACGCGUAGCACGACUCGAUAAGAAGUGUCCAAAUUUGGACACCGUGUUCGAGAUACUUUAUCAAUCUGUCAGGCUGGCUAAUUAGAGGACCGCGUUCGUUAUGUUUACCAAUAUAAGCAAAUCCUUCGUGACUGGUCCCGGUAUGCUGAGAACCUCCUGACUCGCUCUUAUCGUUCCUAGCCACGCCCUCGUGCCCGCCACAUCGAACAUUCCUAAACGAUCCCUGAAAUGAUCGCACAUAAUGAAAAAACAAAAGCAACGAUUAAAUGCGCUUGAAUCAAACGUACGCUGAAUGCACAAAGUACAUGUCUCACGAGUAGGAGCACGAAGUACGUCUGGAGAGACUCGUGUUCUUUAAUCGGACGUUUUAACGAUCAAUCGACGCAUUUCUUUUCUCUCCUCCGCGUUUCUCUAAACGACGCCAUUCUUAAAGAACCGAUCGACGUUAAGUAUGAAAAAUAAAAAAUAAAACAACGUUCUAUCGGUUUUUGCGGUACGGUGAUAUAAAAUCUACGAUUCCUUUAAAAAGAAUACGACGAAGAGAGGAAAUAUUUUACUCUUUCGAGAGUCAAGGUGUUCAAGUUCUUUAGCGGAAGUCAAUUUACCCAUCAAUUAACGGUUUUCCGUCUCUGGUCCUCACCACUAUCCUGGAUUUAGAGGGCUCGAUCUCCUCUAGCCGGACGUUGGUCGCGCCGACCGGGACGUCCACUACUUUCCUCGGCUCUGCCAUUGAAAGUUUUCCCCUCUCGAUUAUUAGAAGUUUUAUACCGAGUGGGACGUGCAGUAUCGAUUCGGGGGAUCGCGAAUACGAGAUUUAUUCGCUGAUAGGUUAUAUCGGUCUGGUUCGAAAGCCGAGGGAACGGAUGAGAUUCUUCGGGAAAUACCUUGGAAAGUUCUCGCACUUUUCACGGAUCUAGUGCCUUUAUCCGCGAGGAAUUUCAACUUCCCUAGCCGGCGUUUUAUUUAUCGCGAUUAGAGAUUCUUCCGUGUCUAAAAACUUUCGCCGGCUUUUAUAUUAAAUCAAACUCUCGGCAUUUUUUGAUCGGGGCAUAAACUAUUCUUCUCAUACCACGUUCCUCUCUUUGCCUUUACGAUUCAAACCGACGAGUUUCUACAAAUUUAAAUUAAUUUUCCACGGAAAGUGCCUAGUCGUACGAUGUAGAAAACUUUUCGAUCGAUAAAGUUGUAUGCCAACGACGAGGUAAAGCGAUCGAACCUAAAAUAAAAACGUAUGAUAUUUUUUAAGCGGCCAGUUCGACGCUUACUCGUAGCUCUUGACUUUCGGCGAUUCCUAAUAAUCUUGCAAAGGAAAACAAUUUUAACGAUAUUGGUAUAUCGUUAUAGAAAUAUCUAGAAAACGAAAUAAAAGCAGACGUAAUUAAAAUAACGCGUAGGUACGUUUGAAAAAUGCGCAAGUUCUUGGAGGAUAGUGCGCUGCCCGAAAGAAUGCCGAACGACCCACCUCAGUCGGUAAUAAAACGUCGGAAUAACUGUAAAACAAGUUAUAAAGACUAAAGGCCGGCUAAUACGAUGAAACGCGC